CCCUCGGGUGGCGGGAGGGGAAGCGGCAGCCCCUCUUCGCGCUGGGGCGCGGCUGGAGGGGCUUUCCUCCGCUCCCCUGCGGCGGCGGAGCCGGGGGGCCAUGGCCGGCUGCUGCCUCUCUGUCGAGGAGAAGGAGUCGCAGCGCAUCAGCGCGGAGAUCGAGCGGCAGCCACGCCGGGACAAGCGGGACGCUCGCCGGGAGCUGAAGCUGCUGCUGCUGGGCACAGGAGAAGAUGGCAAGAGUACGUUUAUUAAACAAAUGAGGAUUAUUCAUGGAUCAGGUUACACGGAAGAGGACAGGAAGGGCUUCAUAAAACUGGUUUACCAAAAUAUAUUUACUGACAUGCAAGCAACGAUCAGAGCCACGGAUACUCUCAAGAUACAGUACACAUGCAAAGAGAAUGAGGAGAGUGCUCAGAAGAUCAAACAAGUGGAAGUGGAUAAGGUGACAGUACUUGAAAGAAAACAAGUUGAAGCAAUCAAGAAGCUCUGGGAAGACCCAGGAAUUCAAGAAUGCGAUGACAGACAAAGGGAGUACCAGCUCUCAGACUCUAAGAAGUAUUAUCUUACUGACCUUGAUCAUAUUGCUAUGCCCUCAUUUGUGCCAACUCAGCAAGAUGUUCUUAGAGUCUGAGUGCCAACCGCAGGAAUUAUUGAGUAUCUUUUUGAUUUAGAAAAUACUAAUCGACUGGAAGAAAGCAAGGCCUUAUUUAAAACCAUCAUUACAGAUCCCUGGUUUCUGAAUACUUCAGUCAUUUUGUUUUUAAAUAAAAAAGAUCUUCUAGAAGAGAAAAUAAUGUAUUCCCAUCUAAUUAGUUACUUUCCAGAAUACACAGGACCCAAACAAGAUGUCAAAGCUGCCAGACACUUCGUUUUGAAGCUGUAUCAGGAUCAGAAUCCAGACAAGGAGAAAGUAAUCUACUCCCACUUCACUUGUGCCACAGAAACAGAAAAUAUUCAUUUUGUCUUUGCUGCUGUGAAGGACAUGAUCCUGCAAUUAAACCUAAGAGAGUUCAACCUGGUUUGAAGACAAAACAUGGUUGCAGCCACCAAGUAUGGCUUACUUACAGCACAGCCUGUG